AUGUCAGCAGCAGGACCGGCCGACCCGGCGUCAUCUACCGCGGAGCGAGCUGGAUCUAACACAUUCUAUACAGCACCGAGCUUAGGCACGGGCGUCCGCGGCAUCGAGCUCGAUCGAUGCUACGAGGGGGACUAUGUCGCGGGCCGUCGACACGGGUUUGGAAGCUACACCUAUCCCAAUUCCUUCUUCAAGUACGAGGGGCAAUGGGUCAACGGAAAGAAACACGGCCUUGGGAAGCUCAGCAUGCGCGACGGAGCCUACUACGAGGGCGAGUUCGUUGAGGGCGAAAUCGUGGGCCAGGGCACCCGGAGGUUCGCAAACGGCGAUGUCUACAUCGGGACAUUUGAGAUGGGGGAGAUGCAUGGUUUCGGAGUGAUGCGGCUGACCAACGGGGACACCUACCAGGGGCCCUUGGUGCACAACGCAUUCCAAGGAGUGGGUGUGUACACAUUCGCCAACGGGGAUGUGUUCGAGGGGGACUUUGUCAACCACAAACGCCAAGGCAAGGGGGUGGUCACGUGCGCGGAUGGAAGCAGAUACGAGGGCAGCUGGGCGGACAAUCAGCGCACCGGUUACGGCGAGUGCACCUACGCAGACGGCAGCUGGUAUAAGGGCGAAUGGGAGCGCGGGUUGUACCAGGGCCAGGGCGAGUGGUUCCAGGCCCGCAGCGGUCUCACCUACCGGGGGCAGUUCCAGGCGGGUGCUCCGGCCCUCAUACCCACGGGCCUCACCAUCACGUGGCUCUCAGAAGAAGACCCCAAGAAGGCCGCCGGGGGCCGCAAGGCGCCCUCCACAGCCCGCGGGGCGGGGUGGGAGCCGGAGGUGGCCACGCCAUUGCCGGUGGUCCUUGGAGAGCCCUGCCCCUUUCCCCUCACCAUCUCCGCACAGCUGCAGGAGCGCCUGCCACCCCCCACAUCGCCGGCCCCGGGGGCAGAUGCCCGGGGAGGGGCGACUGCGGGCGGCAAGAAGCCCUCCUCCGCGCAUGCAGCUCCCGCGGUGGUACCCGUGAUCAACCAGCCGCCACAGCCAGGCCACGUCUGGCGCACGGCCGACAUGGAGUGGGGGCGGCAGGUGAACCUGACCCUGCAUGCGGAGUCCCCCCGCCCGCUACCCUCCGACCGGCUGCUGCGGGUCCUCGUUGUCAACACCCUCAUGCCGGAUGGCUCCACUCGGGUGCGACUGCUGCUCAGCACCACCAACACACUGCCGCCGGCGCUGCCACUCUCCCGGGUGGAGGGCCAGAUCGUGGCCAGUGUGCAGGUGGGGCUGGAGGCGGGGAAACGGGUGGUGGAGGGUUUGGUUAUCGGCUCCCCGGAGGACGAGGCCCGCAUCGCCCAGCCCAAUGCCAUGGGCUACCUGGUCGCCACCUCCCCCGGUAGCCGGGUGGCGCCAGGGUUUGUCAGGGUGGCGCUGCCGGAGCCUAAACCUCCCAGCAAGAAGCCAGGUGGCAAAUAGUGCAUCCAGGGAGGGCGGGGUAGGGGGAAGGAGGGAGGCGCAGCCGUAAGGGGGAGCUUGGAUGCUGCUGCUGUUGCUGCACUACUGCUGAGGCGGCUUUGGUGCUGCUGCGGCGGCAGUAACAGCUGCAUUCCAUCCCGCUUUGUUUGGCACGACCCGUUGGUCUUGUGGGCAGCUUCUUGACUUCAUAAUUAUAACCAGCCGCGGGUCCCUCCGUUGGUUGUUUAGGUUUUCUUGGUCGCGUGUCGCUCCUGACAAACUCGUUUAUCUACCUGCGUGCUUGUCGAGGCGUGAAGCCUUGUUUCAGCAUCUGCACAAGACGCGAUGUGUCGGAUUGGCUGAAUUUGAACUGAGGGAAGGUAUGAAGCUGGUGGCGAGAGGCGUCGCAUGGCGCGAGCUGCUUUUGCCAUCUGCGGCUGCGACUGCGCCCUGUAAUGGAGCGAGCCGG